UCGCCCACCGAUCUCCCUUCCGUUGUCGUUGGUUUCGUUGAACAGGCCAAGCCCGCAGGAAUUGAUCCUUGCAAGAAGCUCGGUCCACCUCGAGUAUGGUUUAGUCGGACCGUUGGCGGAACAAAACUACGACCGUUGGCGGAACAAAACUAAAGGCGUCAAAUGCCGGAGAAGGAUCUAUGGAACGGAAACAGCGUGCCUCGUUGCCACGAUCGAGCGAAGGCAUAAAAAGAGGGCAUCGCCCUCUCUUUCCUCGUCUUCGCCUAUCUCUGAUCUCCUUUACUUCCUCCUCCGGUAUCACAGAUUAGCACAACAGAUUAGCAAAGAAAGGAUGCCUUCCACGCACCUUCUCCUGGAAGAGCCCAUCAGGAUGGCCUCCAUCCUCGAGCCCUCCAAGCCGACUUUCUUCCCUGCCAUGACCAAGAUCGUCGGGACACUUGGCUCCAAAUCGCGGUCGGUGGAGGUGAUCUCCGCCUGCCUCAAGGCUGGAAUGUCGGUGGCUUGUUUUGACUUCUCACAGGGGGACACCGACUAUCACCAGGAAACGCUGGACAAUCUCAAGGUCGCUAUUAGAAGCACCAAAAAGUUGUGCGCUGUCAUGUUGGAUACGGUGGGCCCAGAAUUGCAGGUUGUAAAUAAAAGUGAGAAAGCCAUUUCACUUGAAGUUGAUGGUUGUGUUGUUUUGACACCAGAUCAGGAGAAGGAAGCCUCACCUCAGCUUCUGCCAGUUAACUUCAGUGGGUUACCAAAGGCUGUGAAACCAGGUGACACAAUAUUUAUUGGUCAGUACUUGUUCACUGGAAGUGAAACAACUUCUCUUUGGUUGGAGGUUGCCGAGUUGAAAGGGGAGGAUGUGGUCUGCAGAGUUAAAAAUUCUGCUACUUUGGCUGGUUCACUAUUUACCCUGCAUAUCUCCCAAAUCCGAAUUGAUUUGCCAACACUUACUGAAAAUGAUAAACAUGUGAUAUGUACAUGGGGUGUUUGCAAUAAGAUUGAUUUCCUUUCACUAUCUUACACAAGGCACGCGGAAGAUGUUCGGCAAGCUCGGCAAUUCCUGUCCGAACUAAGUGAUCUUGCCCAAACUCAAAUAUUUGCUAAAAUUGAGAAUAUAGAGGGCCUCACACACUUUGAUGAGAUUCUACAAGAAGCAGAUGGCAUCAUUCUUUCACGUGGGAAUCUUGGAAUGGAUCUUCCUCCUGAGAAGGUAUUUCUGUUCCAAAAGGCAGCUGUAUAUAAGUGUAACAUGGCUGGCAAGCCAGCAGUUGUUACUCGUGUGGUUGACAGCAUGACUGACAACCUGAGACCAACUCGUGCAGAAGCAACUGAUGUGGCUAAUGCAAUUCUUGAUGGAAGUGAUGCAAUACUUUUGGGUGCUGAAACCCUUCGAGGAUUGUACCCUGUUGAGACUAUCUCAACCGUUGGUAGAAUCUGCUAUGAGGCUGAGAAGGUAUUCAACCAGGAUCUGUUCUUUAAGAAAACUGUGAAAUAUGUUGGAGAACCAAUGACCCACCUAGAGUCCAUUGCUUCAUCAGCUGUACGUGCUGCAAUUAAAGUUAAGGCUUCAGUUAUUUUUUGUUUCACUUCAACUGGAAGAGCUGCAAGGUUAAUCGCUAAGUAUAGACCUACUAUGCCAGUGCUAUCUGUGGUCAUUCCUCGCCUUAAAACUAACCAGCUUAAGUGGAGUUUGAUUGGUGCCUUCGAAGCUCAACAAUCUCUCAUUGUCAGAGGCCUUUUUCCCUUGCUUGCUGAUCCUCGCCACCCUGCUGAGUCAACCAGUGCAACCAGCGAGUCGAUUCUGAAGAUGGCACUGGAUUAUGGUAAGGCCUGUGGUUUGAUCAAGUCUCAUGAUCGUGUUGUGGUGUGUCAAAAGGUUGGGGAUGCUUCUGUAGUGAAGAUUAUCGAGUUAGAGGAUUGAAGAGGUGUUUUUCAAAGUUUAAGAGCAGGCUGAGCUAUUUAUAAUUUUGUUUUUUUUUCUUUUGCGUGAGCUUGCCAAUUGGGCUUAUUAUCAAUCAAACAAUAUCCAACUUUGUUUAAUAUGGUGUAACAUUUGCUUGUGAGUGUCAUUCAUUUUUACUUACGAAAACUAUCAAAAGAGAGGAAAAUAAAAGGGAGUUAUUGCAGUAGUGAUGUGUGCAACUAGAGGGGAUGAAUAGACGCUUGUUGAUUUC